AUGAGCGGCGAUCUGAGCAGGCGGUCCAGCCGCGCUCCGCUGAUCCAGGCCGAUGACACCAAUUCCCUGACAUCCUUCCCCGACCCUGCAGACUCGGCGAGUCCCCCUCUACAACCCCAGGCCAAUGCCAGCGAACCCUUGAGCAAUGAUGACCUGACGACCAUCCCCGACAACGCCGCGCCAGGUGCCAGCGAACCCGUCCUCAAUGGCCUCUUGGACUCCGGACCGUCCAUGUUCGACGAGCAGGACGGCCCGCCGAGUCAUCCACAAUCCCUCUCCGCGGCAUCGACAGAAAACCUCCGCAGGAUCAUCGACCAUCGCGGCGCCGUGGAACUCGUGAGGCAUCUUUCCGCGCUUUUGGCGGAGCGGGACGCGCAUGUGACGGCGCUCACGCGGUUGGCACAGGAGUGGAAAAUUCCUGCGAAUCGCAUUGCGGAGACGGCGAAUCGUGUUAAGCAGGCGGAGCGGAGGAGGCUGUCGCUUGCGGCGGCGGCGAGUGAGGAUUUGGCGCCGACUAAUACUUCGGAAAGCAGUGAUUCGACGAUGCCGGAGCCGGUGGUGGACAGUAGUGUUGGGACGAUUCGGGGGUUGACGAAGCUGUUUGGGGGCAAUGGGAAGCGCAAGGACAGCUUGAAGCCAACGGCGGCUUCGGUGAGGACUGCGUCGUCUUCGAGAUCGGCUUCGGUGCAGCCGCCGCCUAUCAGGUCUAGGGCGGAUAGACCGAAGUCGAUUGAUGUGCUUAGUGUUAACAGCAAUGAAAGCGCGGGAUGGACUUCUACGUUGACUGGAACCAUUAAGGGGAUUAGUGGAAUUGGAGCCAGUGCACGCCGGGAUUCACGUGCCAGUCGGGAGCCCAGAGAGCCCGUGGAGAUGAGUACGAGGCAUGAUAAGGAUCAGUUACCGCCGACCUUGUCACAACCAUCGUCGAAGGAUCCCCAGGAGUCUGAGUGGAACAAGUUCCUCGUGCGAUUGAUGAAGUCCCGAGAGCAAGCUGGAGAAGAAGCUAAGAGUGGCGAGCUCGUAGGGGCUUCACGAUGGGGCCAUGAAGGGAAUAGUGGCAAGCAGAAACUGGAAAUGCUCACAAGGCUUGUCGUCGGCGGCAUCCCAAUGCGCCUCCGCCACCCCAUCUGGAUGGAACUCUCGGACACCUAUUCUAUCAUGCAGCCGGAUGCGUACAAACACUACCUCACCAUGAACGACAACCCCGACCCCGAAGAAAUUGACGCCAUCCUCAAAGACGUCCCUCGCACACUCACCAGCAAAUACGACUACUAUGCGGAAAAAGGCUACGACCGCCUCAAAAAAGUCCUCAUCGCCUUCGUAAACAAAUACCCGGGUCUAGGCUACACCCAAGGCCUCAACAUGAUCGCAGGCUACCUCCUCCUGGCGAUCCCGGACGAAAGCGACGCCUUCUGGGUCCUCUGCAACAUGGUCGACCACUUCUUCCCCCUCGACUACUUCUCCAAAGAAACCGCCCUCUCCGCCCCCAUCUCCGACAACAUCGUCCUCCGCCAAUACGUGCGCGAACUCCUCCCCAAACUCAGCGAACACCUCAUCGCCCUCGACAUCUCCCCGCAACACACCGUGCCCCUCUCCUGGUUCCUCACGGCCUUCGCCUCCGUCCUCCCCGAAUCCAUCCUCCUCCGCAUCUGGGACGUCUGGCUCUGCCUCCCCCACCAGAAAACUUUCCUCUUCAACGUCGCCCUCACGCUCCUCCAGCAGCACGCCAAGGAGCUUUUGGAAUGUGAGACGCAAGGCGAGUACUUCGCAUACAUGACGAGUAAGAUCGGCGUCGCGGAGGAGGAGGCGAGGAUCGGGGAGUUUUUAAGGCAGGCGUUUUUGUUGAGGAGGCGGUUGGAGGGCGUGGAGGUGAGGAGGGCGGUGGAGAUGAAGAGGUUGAGGAAGAGCGCUAGUAUGGAUGCGCUGUAUGAUGGGGAGGAUGCGGGCCGUAGGGAGGGCGAGGGGGAGGGGGAGGAUUAA